AAACAAGCACUUGUAUCAAAUGAACCAUGUCAAACCACGUGUUACAGUUUACAAUCUGUCAGUGGAUCUGACACUUCGAAAAUAACACGUGAAAUUUUAAGUAAUCUGCACUUCCAAAUAAACAGCAUGGCUCCAAAUCAAAAGUUCACUCAGAAUGAUCGCGAUGACGUCACAACUAUUCUUCCGCUUUGGAUUCCUCUUUGUGAAAGGAUGGGCAGGAACAAGUGAGAGGCGAAGAUUCUGCAAGAAAUGAAACUAUUAGACAGUGUGCCACAUCAAACAUAAGAAGGCAACCAGAAGUAAACUUUAAAGGAAUGCAUUUUAUAUUUGAUAAAGUUUAAACGCGCAAAACUGGAGUACUGCUAUGAUUUGGAGCAAAGUGGAAUGGGUUCAAUACAUGCCGAAUUUGUUUGUUACUAUAAACUUAAAUGUAUGGUUGUAGAAAACUCCAAAAUGAAGAAAAGUUGUAAAGUCCAUGUUGAUGAGAGUGAACCCUCUGGAGCCGAUGAAAUGACCUUUGAGCAUAGAAAUGUUUGCAUCAAGAAAUCAAAGUGGGUUACUGAGGAAUAUGACGUCACGGAUUUACUGCUGGGCAGGGGGAAAUUUGGAGAGGUGAAAAAGUGUAAAGAGAAGAAAACCGGGAGGUUUCUGGCGGCAAAGUUUAUCGCAGUAAAUGGACUACAAGAAAGAGAUGACGUCAUUAACGAGGUUGAUAUCAUGAAAACACUACAGCACCCUCGCCUUCUUCAGCUGUAUGACGCCUUUGAGAAAAAGGACACUUUCUGUAUAGUGACAGAACUAAUUUCAGGCGGGGAGCUCUUUGAGCGUGUAAUCAACGACGAUUUUAUCUUGACGGAAAAGGCCUGCAUAAUGUUUAUGAGGCAGAUCUGUGAAGGCAUUGCUUUCAUGCAUUGCAGGGAGGUUCUGCAUUUAGAUUUAAAGCCAGAAAAUAUAUUGUGUCUAACACGAGAAGGCAACAUUAUCAAAAUCAUCGACUUCGGCUUGGCACGGAAAUUUGAUCCCUCCGGUGAUCUCCGAAUUCUGUUUGGUACACCAGAGUUCAUGGCACCAGAGGUCGUGAACUUUGACCCUGCGUCGCCAGCAACGGACAUGUGGAGCAUAGGGGUCAUAUGUUAUGUGCUAUUGUCAGGUUUAUCCCCCUUUGUCGGUGAUACUGAUGCAGAAACCCUUGUCAAUGUGACGUCAGCAAAAUGGGACUUCAGUGCCGAGGAAUUCGAGAGUAUUUCAAAGGAAGCGAAAGAUUUUAUAUCAAGAUUAUUAGUAAAAGAUCCAAGGAAGAGAAUGACCUCUCGUCAGUGUCUGGACCACAUCUGGCUUAGACGUUCCCAGAAAAGAGAAGCAAAGCUACCAGAACGGUCUCUUUCCAAAAAGAGGCUGAAGAAAUUUGUGUUCAGACGAAAGUGGCAGAAAGCAGUAAAUGCUAUGCUAGCAUUGAAGAGAAUGGGAGUCAAUUUGACGUAAUGGAAUAUGACAUCAGGUGUAUAAAUUGAACAACCAAGUGAGUUGAUUGGUCGACGGCGUCGAUAACAGAAGUCAUUUCUGGAAUGACCAAAUGUAUCAUGACAACAAUGUUCAUGUAUUAUUUUUGUAAAAAGCAUUCCUCUACAGAAAUGAUUCCAAAUUAUGCUUGGUUCAAUCAAAUGUGAAAUUUCAUGAAGUUGUUCAGUCAUGAAAACUUGGACCUUUAAAUGGUUGAUAUAGUUUGUUUGUACUGGCAUGUCUGUUGUCAAGAGAAUUUUGAUACCUUGACACGACUUGGGGAGGGGAAGGCGCGGGGGAGGUAUGAAGUAUUGACGACAUUAACACUACUCGCCUAAUGUGAACGUUUUAGUGAUAACAAUUUUAUUUUUAUCAGGCUGGGGAAAACAGCUGCAACUGAUUUUUUGUUAUAUUUGUUGAUCAUUCGUUAUAAGCAUUCGCAAAGUAAAAACAAUAACUUUCUUGUAAGAAAUGUUUCUAGACUUUCUGCCGCUAUUCAGUGACUGUUAUGAAGUAGAGUUCAAUGUCUUGUCAGAUUAAUGAACUAAACGUUUUGUAACUAUAUACAAGGACAGCAACAAGUAUACAAGAAUACAUUUAUAAUUCGUAGACAGUAGCAAGCAUAGAUUGUAGAGAAUAAAUUAUGUUUGUAUUGAUGCUUUGAAGAAAAUACUAUGUUUAGAAUAAUUCUGGUAUGGUGAAAAAGCAAGGGGUGCACGAAAUUCUGCUAUAAAUAAGUUUACUCAUUUUCACAAAGUUAUUUUAGGGUGAAUUAUUUAAACCCUUUACAAUAAAAAAGCACCAAUAUUUCAAAGCAUCCGCCAAAAUUUCACGACGCCAAAAUGAAAAACACGAUGAACUUUGUAAAUCGGCAAAGAUAAUAUUUUUGAUUGAAGGAAUUUUGUUAAGUGGAACAAUCAUACUAGAAAUCAUGUGUAUCUCUCUAUACUGUGUACCAGAAUGACUUUUAAUUUUGUUCAGUCAGCAGCAUAUGUAUCAUCUGUAUAUCUGAGAGAAAGAGGGAUGUGGUUUUACCAUUUGUGUAUAAAUGUAAAUUUCUUUUACGACAUAUUAUAGGAUAGGCCUAUUAUUUUAGACCAACAGACAAAAGCUUAAUAUUCUAGCGCGCUAGACUCCUGGUCACAAAUAUGAUUAGCCGCGCAAGAAAAGCUGAAUAUCAAAAUAUCGUUGAUUUUAUUGUGUUAUGUAUGUACAGCUCGUAACUUGUAAUCCGCCUGUUGAUUGGAUGAUAUAAAUAGACCAUAGUCUACUAGUUCUAUGUAUUUCUAGAAUUACGUAGACUAUACCUGCAUGUAGAACAAUUAUUAGAAACAAAAUUGUAAUUAUAGUUUUAUGAAUUAAAGUAAAAUAAUUCA